AUGAAUUUCCUCCUCUCCGAGGACUACCUGCUGCAGGACUACCCCGAACACAUCACCAACACCAUCCGCUCCGGCCAUGCCACCUGCCUGCGCUUCAACCGCAAAGGCGACUAUCUCGCCUCCGGCCGCGUCGAUGGCACCGUUGUCGUCUGGGACCUCGACACCAUGGGUGUUGCGCGGAAGCUGCGGGGCCACUCACGCAGCAUCUCGUCGCUGAGCUGGUCGCGCUGCGGCCGCUACCUGCUGUCGGCCUGCCAGGGCUGGAAGGCGGUCCUGUGGGAUCUCCAAGACGGCCGCAAGCAUCGCGAGGUGCGCUUCAAAGCGCCCGUCUAUAUUGCCGAACUGCAUCCAUGGAAAACAACACACUUUGUCGCCUCCAUCUACGAAGACCAGGCCCUCCUCGUCGACAUCACCGACCCUGUUGACGUCAAGUACGUGCUCCCCUCGCGGCCGAAGCGCCCCGACACCGACGACACCGCCCAGCGCGACAAGUGGGCCAAGGAAGACGCCAAGCAGAUGACCACGGUCACCAUCUACGCCGCCUCGGGCGGCCACAUCCUGAGCGCCACCAGCAAGGGCUGGAUCAACAUCAUCGACGCCACAACACGCGACGUCAUCUUCUCCAAAAAGGCCUGCGGCAGCGUCGUCACCACGCUGCGCCUCAACAGCUCCGGCAAGAUCCUGCUGGCCAACUCCCAGGACCGCAUCAUCCGCUCCCUCCACAUGCCCAACCUCGCCAGCCCGGACCUCGACCCCGACACCAUCCAGCUGCCCGAGGAGCACAAGUUCCAGGACGUCGUCAACCGCCUGUCGUGGAACCACAUCGCCCUCAGCCCCACCGCCGAGUACGUGUCGGCGUCCACGUACAACAACCACGAGCUCUACAUCUGGGAGCGCAACCACGGCUCGCUCGUGCGCAUGCUCGAGGGCCCCAAGGAGGAGCAGGGCGUCAUCGAGUGGCACCCCCACCGCGCACUGCUGGCCGCCUGCGGGCUCGAGACGGGACGCAUUAACAUCUGGUCCGUCACCAGCCCGCAGAAGUGGUCGGCCCUCGCCCCGGACUUUGCCGAGGUCGAGGAGAACGAGAUCUACGUCGAGCGCGAGGACGAGUUUGACGUGCACCCGCAAGAGGAAAUCACCAAGCGCCGUCUCGACCUCGAGGACGAGGACGUGGACGUCCUGACGGUCGAGCAGCCGUCCGACGAGGACCUGCCGGCGGCCGCGGCCGAGUACCUGUCGGCAGCCGCGCUGCCAGGCGCACCCCCAGAGGACGCGGCGUCGACGUCGACGACGACACCCACGCCCGCCUCCACCAACGGCCUCACGACCCGCCCUGCCUUCCGCAUGCCCAUUCUCUACGACCUCGGCGAGUCCGACAGCGAAGAAGAGUUCAUCGCCGUCUCCACCGGCACGAUGCGCCGCCGCAGCCCCGGCGACAGCCAAAGCGUCGACCUCGAGGCGGACGGCGCGACGGCCGAGGACCGCCUCUCCGCGAGCACAAAGAAGGCCGCCAAAGGCGGGCGGACAAGGAGGAGGUGA